AUGUUGCCGGAUCCAGUCACGGUCAAAAUCCCCACGUCCUACGAAUCCCUGCCUGUCAAGGAUAUCAAGGUGUCCCAUUACCCUGAAAAUGCACCGGAAGCUACCGCCGUGGUCGUGGUGACGUUGAACCGUCCAAAGCAGGGCAACGCGUUCACCGUCCAGAUGAUGCGCGAUUUCGAACUGGUCUACCCCAUGUUCGACCUCGAUGAACGCGUCAAGUGUGUCGUCAUCACCGGAGCCGGCAAGAUGUUCUGUGCGGGCGCCGAUCUCGAAAUCGGAUUCCCCGGUGGCGGAAACAGGGAGAGAUUGGUGGAUCACCGCGACAGUGGUGGUCGCCUUAAUCUGUGCAUCUACCGAUGCCGUAAACCAACGAUUGUCGCAUUGAACGGAUCCGCCGUUGGUCUGGGGAUGACACUGGGCUUGUCGGCUGCCAUUAGAAUCGCCCACGCGUCGUCCAAAUAUGGCUUUGUUUUCGCCAGGCGAGGAAUCACCAUGGAGUCGAACUCGUCCUUCUUCCUACCGAGACUGAUCGGGUACUCGAACGCCCUGUAUCUGCUCACGACAGGCGACGUAUACAGAGGCGACUCGAAGCAUUUUGGAACACUCUUCCAAGAGGUCAUCGAGGACCAAGCCGGUGUCUUGAAGCGAGCACUGGAACUCGCUACGACCAUUGCGGAGAAGACAAGUGUAUUGGCCGGAUUCAUGAACAGAGAGUUGAUGUGGAGGGGAAAACCAUCGGUGGAGGAAACACAUCUUCUUGACAGUGCUGUCCUCUACCACAUGUUUGCCAAUCCGGACUGCAAGGAAGGCGUACAAAGCUUUAUGGAGAAGCGAGAGCCAAAAUUCUCGGCCACUCUCGAGCAGGACGGGCCACCCUUCUAUCCGUGGUUUAACGAGGUCGACACGGGUUCAAGACCUCGCCCAUCGAGCAAGGCAAAGUUGUGA